AUGGUUAAGGCAGAGCUGGGGAGGCCCCGUCGAUGCGGCUAUGCCCUGCCGGGCCAUGAUUUUUCAUACGGGCUCUACAUCCACGGGACAGAUGGAGGAGUCCCUGAAGCAAUCGGCCACUGGCACGCCAUGAAGCCCAGGCCUGCUCUACGACGGAAGAUGCCCCGGGACUACAUUACUAUGAACUGUGGCGCUCUCAGAGCCGGUUAUGCCACAGCCCAGGAAUUUAACUUGUUCUACAAAGCCAAGGACAUUCGGCAAAAAGCAGAUGAGGAGAGUCGCUUCAAGAGAGGGCCUCCCAAAGUACCUGCAGACAUGACAUACGGCAUUGUAUCACGGGCUCCCACUCCCUUCUUUGAUCUCCUCCAACACAAGUACAAGGAGCUGUGGAUGGAGCAGCAGAGAGCAACAACAGUGAUCCAGCGAGAAGAAAAGAAAAAGAAAGGCAAAGCUUAUGAAACUCGUACCACGCUUCUCCGAAAACACCCACUACCUGCAAAAGAGGAGUCCUUCUGGCACUUACCCCGCUUGGACAAGGUUGGUCCUCACCUCAGCACUUUUCGAGACAGUGAGGCUCGCAAGAAGGCGUUUAGCACCUACCGCUCAGAAAUGCCCCUGCGACGCGGUCCCCUUCACCAGGGCAUCUACACCACAAGCUGA